CGUCUGCCCCAUGUGAGAGUGGGAGGCCUGCUUUUUAUACGUGUAGAUCUUCAGGACUUACAGUCAGUGUGAUAUUGCAGAAGCAGUGCAGAUCAGAUUUAUUUAUCUGAGACUUUCAGAGAGGUUUCACAAUGAAAGGCACAGUGGCUUUCUACACAGCCCACCUGCUGUGCCUGGUUCUGAGUGUGGUGUGCGUGGUGCUGGUGGUCUACUGGAACUCCAGCUACCGCGGGGGCUUUGCAUGGGACCACAAAGCCAAGCAGUUUAACUGGCACCCCGUGCUGAUGGUGUUGGGGCUGGUGGUGCUUUACGGCAAUGCGGCCGUGGUGUACCGUAUCCCGCUGACCUGGGGUCAGAAUAAGCUGCCGUGGAAGCUGCUGCACGCCGGUCUGCUGCUGCUGUCUCUGAUCUUCGCCGUGGUGGGCCUGUGUGCAGUGUUCGACUUCCACAAUGCUGGAAACACUCCUAACCUUUACUCCCUGCACAGCUGGGUGGGCAUCACUACCACCGUCCUGUUCGCCAUGCAGUGGGCUGCAGGUUUUGGAGCGUUCCUCCUGCCCUGCUCUCCGAUGGCCUUGAGAGUCUUUGUUAAACCUGCUCACGUGUGGAUGGGAUCCACUAUCCUGGUCCUCAGCGUGGUGUCCUGCAUCUCAGGCAUCAACGAAAAGCUGUUUUUUGUUCUAAAGAAGAGCACCAAUGGGACGCAUUCCUACGCCGAGCUGCCUGCAGAGGCAGUGCUGGCCAAUUCUCUGGGAGUAGUCAUCGUCGCUUUCGCUUUGGUUGUGUUGAAAAUCCUGGCCAAUCAGAGCUGGAGACGUCCGGAUCCAAGGAGCGAGGAGGGGGAGUAUAGGUCAUUAAGAACGGACGAACACUGACCCCUGGAGGUGUGUUUACAGACUGGACUUCGGUGGAUGUUUAUAAAAGCUCCGUCCCAUCAUUUUCGUCACUUUUUAAAUAUAGAUGUAUCUAUUUUUGUACAUCAUGUAUGAGUUGACACUCACUAGGCCUUUCAGGAUUUCUGCAGGGAGUUUAUGUGCUUUCUAGCAUUUAAUAAUUAGACUUUUUGUUCUUUUAUGCAGCAUAAUGAAUAAAUGCAGCUCUGAAAAUGAAGAAAAUAAUAUAAAAAGAGGAUAUAAUAUAAGAAUGUAAAAGGUAAUCUUAUUGAUCCUACAUCUGGGGUAUUUUCAUGGAAAUUUCAGUGGUAAUUCUGGAUAGAA